GUCAGAUGAGGAGGGGCAGCCGGUGUGGUCCCAGACUCGGGCUGGGGGACCAGGGGAGAGGUCUGUCCACCCUGCUUGCAAGCAGCUUCCUUGGACCCAGAGCCUCCCUCCAGCUACCUCCGGGCCCCCAGACUGAUCCUGACUGGGCCUCCUACACCCUGGGUGUGUUCAUCUGCCUGAGCUGCUCCGGAAUCCACCGGAACAUUCCCCAGGUCAGCAAGGUGAAGUCGGUCCGGCUGGAUGCCUGGGAGGAGGCCCAAGUGGAGUUCAUGGCCUCCCGCGGAAACAAUGCUGCGAGAGACGCAUACGAGUCCAAAGUGCCUCCGUUCUACUACCGGCCCACGGCCUCCGACUGCCAACUCCUGCGAGAGCAGUGGAUCCGGGCCAAGUACGAACGGCUGGAGUUCACCCACCCGGAGAAGCAAGAGCCCUACUCUGCGGGAUACCGAGAAGGCUUCCUCUGGAAGCGUGGCCGGGACAAUGGGCAGUUUUUAAGCCGGAAGUUCGUGCUGACUGAGCGAGAGGGCUCCCUGAAGUAUUUCAACAGAAAUGAUGCCAAGGAGCCCAAGGCCAUCAUGAAGAUUGAACAUCUCAACGCCACCUUCCAGCCAGCCAAGAUCGGCCACCCCCACGGCCUACAGGUCACCUACCUGAAGGACAACAGCACCCGAAAUAUCUUCGUUUAUCACGAGGACGGGAAGGAAAUGGUGGACUGGUUCAACGCGCUCCGGGCGGCCCGUUUCCACUACCUGCAGGUGGCGUUCCCAGGGGCCAGCGACGCCGACCUGGUGCCAAAGCUCUCCCGGAACUACCUGAAGGAAGGCUACAUGGAGAAAACCGGGCCCAAGCAAACAGAAGGCUUUCGGAAGCGCUGGUUCACCAUGGAUGACCGGAGGCUCAUGUACUUCAAAGAUCCCCUGGAUGCCUUUGCUCGCGGGGAAGUCUUCAUUGGCAGCAGGGAGAGUGGCUACACGGUGCUGGACGGGCUCCCACCGUCCACCCAGGGCCACCACUGGCCACACGGCAUCACCAUCAUCACGCCCGAGCGUAGGUUCCUGCUGGCCUGCGAGACGGAGUCUGAGCAGCGGGCGUGGAUGGAGGCUUUCCAGAAGGUGGUGGACAGGCCCAUGCUGCCCCAGGAGUACGCCGUGGAAGCCCACUUCAAGCAUAAACCCUAAUGGGAGCGGGUCGUGGAGGCCGAGGCACUGGACUCGCGGCGAGUGCCAUCCAGGACGCAGUGGCCAGGCGGGGCAGUGCACGGAGGAGCCCUGAGGAGCAGCCCCAGCGUGGCCAGGCGGGGCCUGGGCUUCAGCCACGAAGACUUGAUCCUCCCGAACCUCACUGCAGGCUGGCCGACCUGACCUCGGACCCCAUUAUGCUGCUGCCCACUGAUGUGACCCCCCCCCCCCCCCCAACCACCCUUCCUGGGGGCCUGGGCCUGGCCUCCUGGCUCAGGGCAACCCCUCACCAACUCACCCUGCCCCCUGCCUACCAGAGCAGGACCCUGCCUGACCAGGAGACUGGGCUGUGGGCACAGUGGGUGGCCUGCAUGCCUCCCCUCCGGCCCCUCUUACACAUCCCCUCAACAAGUAUUUAUUGAGCA